AUGAAGUACUUCGUUUUUAUUGUACUUUCGCCUUUUAUACCAGAGCCCAGCAACCAUCAAGCCAGCUUCGUCGACUCUCCGCCAACCUACUGGUCGUCCUGGACUUCUUGGUCAUCUUGUCAGCCCGAAUGUGCCAGGCCUGGCCCUGACGAACUUCUGCACCCGUCAGGAAUACAAACCCGCAGGCGUCUUUGUCUGUUGCCCGGGCUAGAUCAAUGUCGGUCAGUAAAACUUUCAGGGUCACUGGACCUUUAUCCUUCGGCAAGCCAACCUCUUCCCGAAGAAUGGGAGACGGCGACAAAUUUAAUGCAAGCAAAACAGAGCGAGCCUCUUUUAUCGAUGCAGUAUUCUGUAGAAGAAGAGAGUGAAAUGGAGGAUGAAGUACAGGAGGCAGAGAUAAUGGCCUCACUUAUCGACCAGAGGGGCGUAAGGGAAAUUUCAGUCAGAGCUGGUAUUUGGCAGGAAUUGGAUCGAGAAGUACAGGAGCAGAGCAGAUCUUGUCCGCUACUUGAAUGCCAAGGUAAGCACAUGUACUGGAGACGAAAUCUGAAAGGAGACCAGCAGUCUAAAGUCAUAUAG